AUGACACGCUUGAGAGACUAUGUCUCUCUGUUGGCCUGGGAAAGUCUUGGGGUCUUCCCAGAAAAGCUGGAAAAGGUGGCUGUGGGCUCCAUCCAGCAGCUGCUGCUGAAGCCAGAUCCCAGCGCUCCAGAUGACCAGUGUGAAGAGGACGAUCCUUAUGCUUCUGGUUAUGGGAGCGGAGCUGAAGACUAUGACGAGCGAAAUGAAAUGGAGGAAGUAAAGAAGAUUGUGGAGGAGAGAGAAUACACCGUGCCCCUCCCAGAUUUGGACCCCUCAUAUGCCGCCCCGGUCCGAGCUCCGCCUACUGAGGUGUCACUCAGUGAUGAUGAAGAUAUCGAGGAGUCCUCUGGAGAAGACUUUGAGACGACCACUGUCUUCAGAGCACAAAAAGGUGAACGAGGGGAACCAGGUCCAGCCGGCCCCCCAGGACCUCCUGGUUCUCCAGGAAAAGACUCAGGUGUGAGAGGGGAGCCUGGACCACGAGGUCCACAGGGACCUGCGGGAUAUCAGGGGCUCCCUGGACUUCCUGGGACACAUGGACAACCAGGAAGUAAAGGUGAACCUGGUCUCCCAGGACCAACAGGAUUCCCUGGAGAACAAGGAGAAACUGGUCCUAAGGGAGAAAAGGGUGAUCCUGGUGUUGGACGACCUGGUCCUCCUGGUCCUCCUGGCCCUCCUGGUCCUCGUAGCAAGUCUUUCAUGGAGGGGUCUGGAUUUGAAGACUUUGACAGUGAUGCAGAAAUUAUCAGGGGCCCCCCAGGUCCUCCAGGCCCCCCGGGACUGCCUGGACAACCAGGAACCCCUUCUGCAGGCAUUUCUCCAGGAUCUCCUGGAAAAGAAGGAAAGGAUGGAGCGAAGGGUGAACCAGGGCUCCCUGGAGUGGAUGGAAGGGACGGAGAUCCAGGACCUCAUGGAGAAAAAGGAGACAAGGGGGCGCCUGGUGUGAGCGGGCAGCCUGGACCAAAGGGAGAUCAGGGCCCACCAGGGUUUCCAGGUCUGCCAGGGUCACCUGGUCCCGAAGGGCAGCCUGGUCCCAGAGGUCUACCUGGACCCCCAGGCCCCUCAGGAAGAGGCUUUGUUGGGACGUUUGAGGACCUGGAAGGAUCUGGGAUGCUGAGUGGUCUUGGACCCAUCCCUGGUCCACAGGGCCCUCCAGGAACCCGUGGACCUCAAGGACCCAAGGGUAAAAAUGGUUUGGAUGGGAUCCCAGGAACACCGGGCCAAAAGGGGGAGCCAGGUGUUAGAGGACCACCAGGGCUUCCUGGUCUCGGAGGACUGAAAGGAGCACAGGGCCAACAAGGGGACAAAGGUGAUGCAGGACAAAAGGGAGAAGCUGGACGAGAUGGGCUCAGUCUCCCUGGUCCUCCAGGACCACCUGGACCUCCGGGUCCUAUUACCAACCUUCAGGAUAUACUGCUUAAUGCUACUUUUGGCGCUUUCAACCUCUCAGGGAUAUUUGAAGCUCAGGGAUCUGCUGGACCACAGGGUCCAAAAGGUGAUAUCGGGUGGCCAGGUUUGCAAGGACUUCCAGGACUGAAAGGCGAAAAGGGUGAGCCAGCUCCUGCCAUCGCAGCAGACGGUUCCAUAAUGUCAGACAUGGCUAGGCCAAUGGGACCUAAAGGAAUUAAGGGAGAUAAAGGUGUUCCUGGAGCCCAUGGGAUUGCAGGGCCAAUUGGGCCACCAGGACCCAAAGGAGAAUUUGGUUUCCCUGGACGACCAGGUCGUUCAGGGAUGAUUGGCCCCAAAGGAGAGAAAGGGGACCCUCAAGGACUUCCAGGACCACCUGGACCUCCCGGACCCCCAGGUCGUCCAGGAAUAUUCAACUGCCCCAAAGGAACAGUGUUCCCCAUUCCUCCGAGACCCCACUGCAAGAAGCCUCUCAACUCUGAAGGAACGAUCUCAACAGGUGACUGCCAGCCAGGACCAAAAGGAGAAAAGGGGGACAGGGGUCUCCCAGGAUUACCAGCUCCUGCAAGCACAUUUUUGCCCAAAUCAGCCUGGAUGACAAUCAGUGACAAAGGCAGCAAAGGAGAGAAGGGACAGAAGGGGGAGGCAGGCCAUCCAGGUCAACCAGGCUUCCCUGGGAGAUCAGGACUGGUGGGCCCCAAAGGGGAGUCUGUUCUUGGUCCUCCCGGUCAGCCAGGGAUGCAAGGCCCACCUGGUGUUCCAGGCUAUGGUAGACCUGGUUCUGUUGGUCCUCCUGGGCCACCAGGUCCACCAGGGCCCCCUGGGUUCCCCUCUAGAUAUGGUUCAGCUCUGACCAUUGCUGGCCCCCCUGGUCCCCCUGGACCAAGUGGCCCCCCUGGUGCUUCAAGUAACGCAGCAACUCUGAAAUCCUUUGCCACACGGGAGAUUAUGAUGCAGCAAACCUUGCGGGAUGAAGAGGGAACGCUGGCAUAUGUCAGAGCAACAGGAAGUCUCUUCUUGAAGGUUUCGCAGGGAUGGAAGGAAAUACAGCUUGGGAAUCUGAUUUACCUCUCCAGUAAUAUUAUACCACAAGAUGAGCCUCAAGCUGCGUACCAUGUCAGAAGAGAGACGGUGCAAAGAAUCAGUUCAGCAAAAGAAAGACUGACGCUGGUGGCCUUAAAUCAGCCGCACUCAGGAAACAUGUUGGGGCUCAACAUGGCUGACCGGAUGUGUUACCAGCAGGCCAAAGCCAUGGGUUUGACUCCCAACUACCGUGCUUUCAUUUCAUCCAUCAGGCAAGAUCUGGUCCUUGUCGUCUAUCCUGGUUUCCGGGACAAUCUGCCAAUAACUAAUCUAAGGGGAGACGUGUUGUUUCCAAACUGGCGAUCCAUAUUCAACGGUGGCGGUGGGCCAAUCAACAUCAGGAUACCUAUCUUCUCCUUUGAUGGCCGAGAUGUUUUAUCCGAUUCCUUUUGGCCUAAGAAAAGUAUCUGGCAUGGUUCCACCAGCAGAGGCCUCAGAGAUGAGGACAGACACUGUGAGACGUGGCAAGCAGGCGACAUCUCUGUCAUGGGACAGUCCUCCAGUCUGAUCUCAGGUCUGCUCCUGGGCCAGCAGACCCGCAGCUGCUCUAACGAAUACAUCAUCCUUUGCAUCGAGACACAUAAAACCUAUUAACUUGAGCCCAGUACCACUCCAGCAAGAAACCUAAGCUAA